CGACAAGACUUGCCAGAAAUUUCUGGCGCAGACAUGUGAACAUUUUGGUCUGUGGGAACCGCAACUGUGGCGCCUCGUGUGGAAGAAGGGCUCCAGAGAGGGCGAAGACUUGCCCGAUGAUAAUCAAACAAUCGAAGCCGCCGGGUUGCAGCAUGAUGAUAAGCUCGAACUGGUAUCAAUGAAUAGUUGUUUGAAAAGGAAGACGCCUCCUGAGAAGCUUGAUGGCAACGGCGGGCCAAGGCGUCGAUCGUCGCUUGAUCGUUGGGCUGAAUACGGCGAGAAGUCGGGGAAAGAGAAUAACUUCAGCAGCAACAACACAGGUGAGAUUAUAGCAGAAAAAACGGCUAAGGAUUCGACGUAG